AUGGGCACUAGAUACUUUGCAAAUCCGUUUCCGGAUUAUGGUGGCGGGCCAAUACAGCGAUGCGAUGACCACAUCAAGGGAUUAAUACAGUCCUACGUUAAUUUGAUAGUUGAAAAUACCAAACCGGACCGUAACACAGACCAACGCGGUGACCUAUACGUGGGCGAUGCGGGCAUCGCUUAUAUGUUCUUGAAGCUGCACGACGCGGGCAUAUUCGGACAGGAAGCGUUGCAGUACGCCAAGCAGUACAUAGUAAAUGCCAAAGCACUGGCUGCACGGUACGCCGGACGACCGGAGGAACGUUGCUCGUUUCUGUGUGGAAACGCGGGCGUGUACGCGGUUUCAGCGGUCAUUGCCCAUCGGCACAAUGCCAAGCAAGAGAUGGAUGAAGAUUUGCGUUGCUUUGCGACCGGCCUUGAGGUUUGUAAACGGCUCGACUUUAACAAGAAUGGCAGCGAUGAGAUACUGUUCGGGAGAGCCGGCUAUCUGUCAGGAGUCUACUGGCUGCACCAAACCAUCGAACGUAAGCUCUUUUCCCAGGAAAUUCUCACCGUCAUCUGUGCCACCGUCCUCGAAAGUGGCAAACGCCACCGGAACGGUCUUCUACCUCUCUAUUAUCAGUGUUACGGGGACGAUUACCUCGGAGCCGCCCACGGUACCUCGGCCAUCAUGCACAUGCUACUGGAGUCACCGUUGCAGUUGAACCUGUGCAGUGUGGAAAUGUCGCUAGUAAAGAACACGGUCGACGGGUUGCUUCGGCUGCAAGACAUUGAAGGUAACUUUCCGACCACGCUGCAGGAUUGUGUGAGGCGCACACGCAGCGAAUCGCUCGUGCACUGGUGCCACGGUGCGGCUGGAGUAGUUUAUCUGAUGGCCAAAGCAUAUCUGGUGUUUCAAGAGCAGCGCUAUUUACAAUCCUGCAUCCGGAGCGCGGAUCUAGUAUGGCGAAAGGGAUUGCUGCGAAAGGGGCCCGGCAUCUGCCAUGGAGUGGCAGGCAGUGGUUACGUCUUCCUGCUGCUCUAUCGGCUCACAUCGGACCCGAAGUAUCUCCAUCGGGCGUUGAAGUUUAUGGAGUUUCUAACGCACGAGGAAUUCAUCCGCAACGCACGAAAUCCGGAUUGCCCGUUCAGCUUGUACGAGGGUUACGCCGGGACGGUCUGCUUUCUGAUCGAUCUGCUGCGCCCGGAAAAGGCCGCCUUUCCGUUUAUGGAUGUGUUUGAAAAGAAAUUCUAA